AAUUACCGACUCGACCAAAGUACGCGAAUCACGAAGUCUUUCCUUCUCAGCAAAUGGGCGAGGAAGGAGGCCAGCGGUGACGCGUGCCUCAUCUGCUGCAUUCUGGUCUUGAUGCUCCUUCUGCUGGCAAUGCUGUACGCCUACGCAUCAAACCAGAAAUGGUUCUUCAGCGCAAUAGGCAUGUUUAAGCCGAAGACGACGUCGUUGAUGCCACUCCGCCGUAGGUUCGUCGAAAGCACCAUUCCCUUCACGGACACUGCCGAGGCCACUGGUGAAUCUCUCACCGUCGAAGGCUCUACAGAGACUGUGUCAACUACCUCAACUGAAAUGAGCGUCGACUCUAGUUAUCAUACCUCGGUGAACGAUGUCGCCGCUCAAGACUUUCUGCUGAGGUUACGCGCAGCGAAAACAGAAGAAUCUGGGAGCUUUAAAAAAGCAUCGACACCACAGAGAACUAGUCGCACUCGGGCUAAUAAGAUCCACAGAGAGCAUGCCAAAGGUGUUUCAACCCUACAGGAAGGUCUGGCUACCGCAGCACCUCACCAUGACAACAGCGAAAUGACAUCGACACUGACAGCGUACCGCAAUCUACGCACCUCAAGUCCGGCCGCUUCGUCCGCAAGCAAAACCAGAACGAGUGUGACCAGCAUGCUCGCCGGAAACUCUUCGGACCCUUCAGACAACACGACCAGCGCGCCCAGGCAGCCGCACUUCGCCUAUUGAACAACUUUUUUUUGUUGUGACGUCGAUUGAUCAACUUCCGACACCUCUGAACGAAGACCGACCAGUUUUUCUACGGGACCUCCAGGAAUCGAGCGCGCAAACGCACACACGAAAGUGUGGUCGUCGCUACGUUGCUCGUGCAUGGUUAUUCUUUCUUGAAGCCUUCCCAUACACUCAAGACUCUGAACGUCGCUAAGGCGAAGACGGUCACAGCAGCCUUACCUAACGUAACGCGCGGACGUAAUGCAUAAAUAGGAGCAGUCAUCGAGGUGUACCGUUUCAUCCAUUCAGCACGGUUAUCGACAGCGCUCCAGCUCGCAGCAAGCCCGUCAAAGCGCAGGCGUUUGUUGCAUCAGUACUUCGUGAACACUUCCGUGAUUCGAUUGUUGUUUGCAUGUUUCUUGCCGGCAUAUGAUGGAGCUAAUCAUGUCCAACGACAUAGGCGAGUGAUUUCAGUGCUCAAAUACCUAUAGUGUAAUGGCUUACGGUGACCCGUUACUCAGUGUGAGUUGGCCCGUUUGAUUGAAAAAAAAAAAGAAAAAAAUAACUAGAUCUACGUAUUUAAGUGUCGGAACGUAUUCAUUCCUUGAAACAAAACAAUUUUUAAGCACUCUUUUCACAAGUGCGAAAAACAAGGUGAAGCGUUUUCUUACUUACAACCUUGCUAGGUAGGGUUCACUAGACCUAUUUAACCAAUAAAAGAAGGAGACCGCUAUGCGACAAGAACAGUUACACAAACUGUAGACUGCGGUGUCAGAGCAAAAGUCAGCCAAUGAUUAACGUAGUACUGAAUAUUUCCUUGCAAUCAUGCAUGGGUUACGUAUUGCAACUGGCAAAAAAAGAAAAGUUGCAGCUAUACGAAGUAAGGAUGGUAGUUUUUUCGGCCGUAUAAACUUGUUGCUAACUAACCAAAAUAAGCUAGUUGUCACACACGCACAAGCAAACAUGAACACAUCUUGCUCGAUGACCACGCACACUCGCUGUCCAAACGCUGGAGAGAGACAGCGCGGCAGAAGCAGCGAGCGAAUUGACCUUCGUGCUGCCUCUCGCUUCAACGCGAACUCAGCGGCGACAACAGAGCGCACACGAAGU